AUGUUUAUCACUUCUCUCCCAGCCCUUUCUCCACGAAAGAGGCAGGGCUCUCUACUGUUUCUCCUUAAAGUCCUUGCUCGCCGCAGCAGCAGCAGCUUUCUCUCCGGAAACCCAACUCGCUCAAUCCCCGCGUCAAAAGAUGGUAUACCCAACAGAUUCAGACCAGGACAUAGACCUUCAUUUGGUGCCGGUGACAUUCAUAUUCGGGAAGGCCGACUCGCACAUUUGAUUACGAUCCGUCGCAGUUUUUGCUCCUCCCUCUCUCAGGACGAACAUUUGAAGUCUGGUUCUGGUUCAAUACCUGAUGCGGCUGCACGGGUUUUGGAUCCCUCCUGCUUGGAUGCUGUCGCUCCCAUUAAAGUUAAGGUUGUUCAUAAAAAACCAAUCGACUUCACCAAACUUGACAUCAACUUCCUUCCAGCCGUCAUUCUCGUUGGACGCCCCAAUGUAGGCAAAUCAGCCCUAUUCAAUCGGUUGAUCCGGAGGAGGGAGGCUCUUGUCUACAAUACACCCGAUGACCAUGUUACUCGUGACAUUCGAGAAGGGAUUGCCAAAUUGGGGGAUUUGCGGUUUAAAGUACUGGAUUCAGCUGGCUUGGAAACUGAAGCUACUUCGGGGUCUAUUCUUCAAAGAACAGCCACCAUGACUGCCAAUGUGCUAGCAAGAACUCAUUUUGCAGUGUUCCUGAUUGAUGCCAGAGCUGGCUUGCAUCCGCUGGAUUUGGAGGUUGGCAAGUGGCUGAGGAAAAAUGCGCCAGAAAUAAAACCUGUGGUAGUAUUGAAUAAAGCUGAAUUGCUGUUUGAUGGUACUGAGUCCUUCAGCGAAGCUGCCGAUGAGGCUCGUAUUCUUGGAUUUGGAGAUCCUAUUGCCAUUUCUGCUGAAACGGGAUUCGGCAUGACAGCACUGCAUGAAGCUCUUAGACCUUCUCUUGAGGAUUAUGUGUUGCAAGUCUUGAACAGUGAUUGUGAGGAUAAAGGCCUGCAGCAAUGCAGUGAAAGUAGUCUGGAAGAGGUUGAUGAUUCUAAAUUGCCACUCCAGUUAGCAAUCGUUGGACGUCCCAAUGUUGGAAAGUCAACCUUGCUGAAUGCCUUGUUACAAGAAGAAAGGGUGCUAGUGGGUCCUGAAGCUGGUUUGACUAGAGAUUCUGUUAGAGCUCAGUUCGAAUUUCAAGGGAGGACUAUAUAUUUGGUUGAUACGGCAGGUUGGUUGCACAGAACUAAGGAUGAGAAAAGACCAUCGUCAUUGAGCAUAAUGCAAUCUAAAAAGAAUUUGAUGAGGGCUCAUGUGAUAGCUUUAGUACUUGAUGCAGAACAGAUUGUACAAGCUGGACGUAGUAUGACACAUGCUGAAGUAGUUAUCGCGAGACGAGCAGUGGAAGAAGGGCGUGGAUUGGUUGUUGUAGUGAACAAGAUGGACCUUCUUAAAGGAAAGCGGGCUGGUUCGCUAUAUGAGAAGGUCAUGGAAAGUGUUCCUAUGGAAAUUCAAACAGUUAUACCGCAGGUUACAGGAAUCCCAGUUAUAUUCACUUCGGCGAUAGAAGGUAAAGGCAGGAUACCUGUUAUGCGUCAGGUGAUUGAGACAUACGAGAAAUGGUGCUCAAGGUUAUCGACCGCUCGGUUGAAUCGUUGGUUGCGUAAGGUUAUGAGCAGGCAUUCAUGGAGAGGUGAGGGGUCGCAACCGAAGAUAAAGUACGUAACCCAGGUGAAGGCUCGUCCACCCACGUUUGUUGCCUUCACAAGCGGGAAGAAGCAUCAGCUUUCAGAGGCAGAGAUUCGGUUUUUAACGAGGUCAUUGAAGGAAGACUUCGGUCUAGAUGGAAUCCCUAUCCGGAUUAUGGAGAGAUGCGUUCCUAAGAGCAAUGGCGGUGGGCAGAGCAGUGGUAGCAGUGGCAAGAAUGCCUCGUCUACGAGAAGGGUGAGGAUGUUGGGAACAGAUAAUAAAGCAGUGGAGGCAUAG